UCCUCCGCGACGCUACCCUUCCUCUCUUCCCUUCACAGUCCCCUCCCCUUCACUUCGUUGGUGUGUUUUCUACCUUCUCUCCUCCCUCACAGGAUUAUAUACACAUAUUAUAUUACAUUAUGUUAUGAUACUGCAUUCUGCUGCAGGGCCGAGGAGGAGGAGAUUCAUGCGGAGGAGGAGGAGCAGCACCAACUAGAUAGAUCUACGCCCCCCUCGGGACUUUGUGCACCUGGACAGACAGACAGAUAGAGACUCACACACACAGAGAGAGAGAGAGAGAGAGAGAGAGAGAAGUGUGUUCGAAUUUGGUUUCUGUGCCGAGGUGGCCAUGCUGUGUGUGGGAGUUAGGGUUUAGUAGGAGCGGGUUACGAGUGCUGUGCUGCGAGAUCUGGAGCUCGGUUUGAGCAGGUUUGAACAGGUUUGAGCGAUGGCAGCGAAUGGUGGUGGUGGCGGCGGGGGCGGGGAGGAUGGCGGAGACUUGCUGCAAGCUGUGGAGGCGUUCUUCUCUGAUACAGAGGAUGCUGUGGUUAUGGCGUUCCGUGUGGCCAAGAGUCAAGCCUCGUGGAGCGUGGCGGGGCGACGGACGCGCCAUAGCACUAAGCCGCGUGUUCUUGCGCUGACAGUAAUGCGAUCAGCAGCUACGCAGAAGUUCAAAGUUAAACUACAUGUUUUGAAGCAGACUCCAACUGGUAUGCAGUCUGCAAAAAUAUAUAAGCUGAAGAACUUGAACAAAGUGGAAGCGGUGUCUAGUGACAACAGUGGCUGUACAUUCGUUCUGGGCUUCGACAAUUUGAAGAACAAACCAGUUGCUCCUCCUCAAUGGACUUUGCGCACACGUGAUGAUAGAAACCACCUUCUUACAGGUAUUUUGAAACUCUGUAAGGAGAACCUUGGGCGGGUGCCUAAGAUUGUUGGCAUGGACGUAGUGGAGAUGGCGCUCUGGGCCCAGGCAAACGCGAAAACCCUUCCAAGUGAGGGACGGGUUGAAAAAGGUUCUGUUGAUACUGGUGUGGAGAAGGGUGGAAAGGUCAGUGUGGAAAGUGAACUUGUUUCGAAAGCUGAAGAAGAAGAUAUGGAGGCCUUGCUUGGAACAUAUGUUCUUGGUAUAGAUGAGGCAGAGGCAUUCUCUGAGCGGCUGAAACGGGAACUUACUGCUUUGGAAGCUGCGAAUGUUCAUGCCAUUCUAGAGAGUCAGCCUCUUGUAGAGGAGGUUCUGCAACAGCUAGAUGCUGCUCAAGGAAGUGUUGAAGACAUGGACGAAUGGCUUGGUAUUUUCAAUGUAAAGCUGCGUCACAUGCGAGAAGAUAUUGAAUCAAUUGAAGCUAGGAACAACAAAUUGGAGUUGCAGGCUCAGAACAAUGCAUCUUUAGUAGAGGAAUUGAACUCGCUGCUGGAGAAGUUGUCCAUCCCUCCUGAGUUUGCAGCAGUUCUGCAGAGUGGAACUUUUGAAGAUGCACGGAUGCCUCAGAAUUUAGAAGCUUGUGAUUGGUUAGCUUCUUCUUUGAGAAGCCUUGAGGCACCGUAUCUGGAUGCUAAUUACGUCAACAUGCGUGCUGUCAAGGAGAAACGGUUGGAGCUUGAAAAACUUAAAGCUACUUUUGUGCGAAGAGCAUCUGAUUUUCUGAGAAAAUACUUUUCGAGCGUGGUUGAUUUCAUGAUCAGUGACAAGACUUAUUUCUCACAGAGGGGACAGUUAAAACGGCCGGAUCAUGCUGAUUUGAGAUUUAAAUGUCGAACUUAUGCUCGAAUGUUACAGCAUUUGAAGAAUUUAGAUAAGAGCUCGCUUGGACCGUUACGCAAAGCAUAUUGUCAUUCGCUCAACCUUUUACUACGUCGUGAGGCUCGAGAGUUUGCAAAUGAGCUUAGAGCUAGUACCAAAGUAUCACGGAGCACAGGGGCAUGGCUGGAGAGUUCACAAGGUGGUGUGGCACAAGGCACUGGGGGUGCAGAUACCUCCACAGUGUCUGAUGCAUAUGCUAAAAUGCUCCGGAUCUUUAUUCCACUUCUAGUAGAUGAGAGUUCUUUUUUCGCUUCCUUCAUGUGUUUUGAGGUACUACCUUUGAAUCCUCAUGGGGCUGAUGAGGACAAGGACGAAGAUGGAGAUGGCGGUAGUGCUGCCGAGACGAACGGGUCGGAUACAAAGUCCACCGAGCAAAAUCCAGCAGAGUUGGAGUCACUGAAUCUAUCCCUUCAAGAGCUUCUGGAUGGUAUCCAGGAAGACUUUUAUGCAGUGGUGGAUUGGGCGUACAAGAUUGAUCCUCUGCGGUGCAUCUCUAUGCAGGGUGUGACAGAAAGAUACCUUUCUGCCCAAAAAGCCGAUGCUGCAGGCUUUGUGAGGCGCUUGCUUGCUGAUCUCCAAUCCCGCAUCAGUUUACAAUUCAAUCGAUUUGUAGAUGAAGCAAAUCUUCAAAUUGAGAAACAUGAUCGCAAUGUAAAGCAGAUGGGCGUUCUUUCGUACAUCCCCAGGUUUGCAGCCCUUGCAGGUCGAAUGGAGAAUCUUAUUCAAGGCAAUUCGAGAGAUGUGGUUGAUCAGGCCUAUAUGAAGCUGGUGAAUACCAUGUUUGCUGUAUUGGAACGGAUUGCUCAAGUUGAUCCCAAGUAUCAAGAUGUUCUUCUGUUGGAGAAUUAUGCAGCUUUUCAAAAUAGUAUGUUUGACCUUGCAAAUGUGGUUCCGACUUUGGCUCGCUACUAUCAACAAGCUAGCGAGGCCUACGAACAAGCUUGCACUCGAUAUAUCAACUCAAUCAUUAACUACCAAUUCGAAAGAUUGUUUCAAUUCGCUCAAAAAGUGGAGACUUUGCUUUAUACCAUCAGUCCCGAGGAUGUUCCGAUUCAAAUUGGAUAUACAAAGAUGGACUUGCGAAAGACAUUGAAGGCUAGUCUUUCUGGGGUAGAGAAGGCCUUACCAGCGAUGUAUAAGCGUAUGCAGAAGCAUCUUACCUCUGAGGAAUUACUUCCAUCUCUGUGGGAGAAGUUUAAGGAAGAUUUCAUGGACAAAUACGAGUCGGUAGAAGGAUUAUUAGCGAAGUGCUACCCAACCGAACCACUGACCCCUUCAUCAGCUGAGAUGAAAGAAAUCUUCAAGAACUUCAUUUUCUAAGGGGUAGGUUGUAGAAUGAUGGUCAUUUCAGACUUAAGCACUUGUAGCAACGGUUCAUUUAUCUUUCUCAAUCCAAGAUUCUUUGAGUCUGGUCAGCGUGAAUUAAAAAUGCCACCUUCAUUUGGAGGUUACUAAAUGCAUUUGCAUCAUAGUGUUUCUACAGAUUUUUAGUGGCUCUGGAGUGAAGUGAGAAACUUGAUAGUGUAAUCUAGGUUGACCUGAACGCAGAGAUUUUGUAAUAUGUACAGAAUCUAGUUUCAAUAAUUUUUUCACUUCAUCAGCACACUUGCUUUUCUCA